CGGGAGAGGAAAUCUUUCCUCUUUUUUCAAUGCAACUGGUGGUUUGUCUUGCUGCAGCAGGGAGUUCUAAAAGCCAAGGUGACAUGCCUGGGGGAGAUCAGCACCAGGAAGGGCCCAGUAUCUUGAGUUACAGCUCUGCUACACAGCUGCUUGUGUUAGGUGAAGAUUCAGACUAGACAGAGUGGACAACACCUGGAUUCACUCUGCUCCUAUUCCUUGUCCUUGUCUGUGUGCCAGCACUUCCUGUUUUUAAAGAUCCUGUUUACUGUCUGGGUUCCAAAUAUCCCAGGAAGGUGGGAGGAUGGGAAGAAACAUGGAAAGAGAAGUAAACAGCAUUAUUUAAGGUGAAUCUAGAAAUGGAAUUACUGAAUGAUUUCAGACUAAAAAGGAAGAUUUAAUUCCAGGCUUUCCUUUGUUUAACAAAGAGGAAAAAAAUCUGCCUUUAACUGGAAGAAAAUGUUCUAGGACAGACAUUCUGCUGUUGGUUUGCUCUCACAAAUCACUGCUUGAAAAACUUCCAGUACAAAGCUAUCUAAAGAUUUAAAAAUGCCUCCACGACCAUCAUCUGGUGAACUAUGGGGCAUCCACUUGAUGCCACCAAGGAUCCUGGUGGAGUGUCUUCUCCCAAAUGGAAUGAUAGUGACUCUAGAAUGCCUCCGUGAGGCUACCUUACUAACUAUUAAACAUGAACUCUUUAAAGAAGCAAGAAAAUACCCUCUCUAUCAGCUCCUUCAAGAUGAAUCUUCUUACAUUUUUGUAAGUGUUACGCAAGAAGCAGAAAGAGAAGAAUUUUUUGAUGAAACACGGAGACUUUGUGACCUGCGACUAUUUCAGCCUUUUCUAAAAGUCAUUGAACCAGUAGGUAACAGAGAAGAAAAGAUUCUUAAUAGAGAAAUAGGUUUUGCUAUUGGCAUGCCUGUCUGUGAAUUUGACAUGGUUAAGGAUCCCGAAGUACAAGACUUCAGAAGAAAUAUUCUUAAUGUUUGUAAAGAAGCAGUGGAUCUUCGAGAUGCCAACGCACCACAUAGUAGAGCAUUAUAUGUCUGUCCUCCAAAUGUUGAGUCUUCACCUGAGCUACCCAAACACAUAUACAAUAAACUAGAUAAAGGGCAAAUUAUAGUGGUGAUAUGGGUAAUAGUCUCACCAAACAAUGAUAAGCAGAAAUACACCUUAAAAAUCAAUCAUGACUGUGUGCCUGAGCAAGUUAUUGCUGAAGCAAUUAGGAAGAAAACUCGAAGUAUGUUGCUGUCAUCUGAACAACUUAAACUUUGUGUCUUGGAGUACCAGGGCAAAUACAUUUUAAAAGUGUGUGGCUGUGAUGAAUACUUGCUAGAAAAAUAUCCACUGAGCCAGUAUAAGUAUAUAAGAAGCUGUAUAAUGCUUGGUCGCAUGCCCAAUCUGAUGCUGAUGGCUAAGGAAAGCCUAUAUACCCAGCUACCACUGGACACCUUUACAAUGCCAUCUUAUUCCAGACGUAUCUCUACAGCUACACCCUACAUGAAUGGAGAAGCUACAGCCAAAUCCCUCUGGACUAUAAACAGUGCUCUCAGAAUAAGGAUCCUCUGUGCAACCUAUGUAAAUGUGAACAUCAGGGAUAUAGACAAGAUCUAUGUUAGAACAGGUAUCUACCAUGGAGGAGAACCUUUGUGUGAUAAUGUGAAUACUCAAAGGGUGCCUUGUUCUAAUCCCAGAUGGAAUGAAUGGCUAUCAUAUGAUAUGUACAUUCCUGAUCUUCCACGUGCUGCUCGGCUCUGCCUUUCUAUCUGUUCUGUUAAAGGCCGGAAGGGUGCUAAAGAGGAGCACUGCCCAUUGGCCUGGGGAAAUAUAAACAUGUUCGAUUACACAGAUACUCUUGUAUCUGGGAAAAUGGCUUUGAAUCUUUGGGCAGUGCCUCAUGGGCUGGAGGAUUUGUUGAAUCCUAUUGGUGUUACUGGAUCAAAUCCUAAUAAGGAAACUCCAUGUUUGGAGCUGGAAUUUGAUUGGUUUAGCAAUCCUGUAAAGUUUCCAGAUAUGACAGUGAUUGAAGAACAUGCCAAUUGGACUAUAUCACGUGAACUGGGGUUUAACUACAGCUAUGCGGGGCUGAGUAACAGAAUAGCUAGAGAUAAUGAAUUAAGAGAAAGUGACAAGGAGCAACUGCGAGCCAUAUGUACACGAGAUCCUUUGUCUGAAAUCACUGAGCAAGAGAAGGACUUCCUUUGGAGCCACAGACACUAUUGUGUGAAUACUCCAGAAAUUCUGCCCAAAUUACUUUUGUCUGUUAAAUGGAAUUCUAGAGAUGAAGUGGCCCAGAUGUACUGUUUGGUAAAAGAUUGGCCUCCAAUCAAGCCAGAGCAAGCAAUGGAGCUUUUGGACUGUAAUUAUCCAGACCCAAUGGUGCGAGCUUUUGCAGUUCGGUGUCUAGAGAAGUACUUGACAGAUGACAAACUGUCUCAGUACUUGAUCCAGCUAGUACAGGUUCUGAAAUAUGAACAGUAUUUAGAUAAUCAGCUUGUGAGAUUUUUACUCAAGAAAGCACUGACCAAUCAAAGGAUAGGACAUUUCUUCUUUUGGCAUUUAAAGUCUGAAAUGCACAAUAAAACUGUAAGUCAGAGGUUUGGUUUACUUCUGGAGUCCUAUUGUCGAGCAUGUGGAAUGUACCUAAAGCAUCUGAGCAGGCAGGUGGAAGCUAUGGAGAAGUUAAUUAACCUCACAGAUAUUCUCAAGCAGGAAAAAAAAGAUGAGACCCAGAAGGUACAGAUGAAGUUUCUUGUUGAACAAAUGAGACGGCCAGAUUUUAUGGAUGCCUUACAAGGUUUUAUUUCUCCUCUUAAUCCUGCGCAUCAACUGGGAAAUCUUCGGCUUGAGGAGUGCAGGAUAAUGUCUUCUGCAAAAAGGCCACUGUGGCUGAACUGGGAAAACCCAGAUAUUAUGUCUGAAUUGUUGUUUCAGAACAAUGAGAUAAUCUUUAAAAAUGGAGACGACUUGCGUCAGGACAUGCUGACACUUCAGAUAAUUAGAAUUAUGGAAAACAUCUGGCAAAAUCAGGGUCUUGAUCUUCGGAUGUUGCCUUAUGGUUGUUUGUCUAUUGGUGACUGUGUGGGACUCAUCGAGGUAGUGAGGAGCUCUCAUACGAUCAUGCAGAUUCAGUGUAAAGGAGGCUUAAAAGGAGCAUUGCAGUUCAACAGCCAUACGUUGCAUCAGUGGCUCAAGGACAAGAACAAAGGAGAAAUGUAUGAUGCAGCUAUUGACUUGUUUACACGUUCUUGUGCUGGCUACUGUGUUGCUACCUUUAUACUGGGCAUUGGUGAUCGCCACAAUAGUAACAUCAUGGUAAAAGACGAUGGACAACUGUUUCACAUUGACUUUGGGCACUUCCUCGAUCACAAGAAGAAAAAAUUUGGUUAUAAAAGAGAACGUGUGCCAUUUGUCUUAACACAAGACUUUUUAAUAGUGAUUAGUAAAGGAGCCCAAGAGUGUACCAAAACAAGGGAGUUUGAAAGGUUUCAGGAGAUGUGUUAUAAGGCUUAUCUAGCAAUUCGGCAGCAUGCCAAUCUCUUCAUAAACCUUUUCUCCAUGAUGCUUGGCUCAGGAAUGCCAGAACUGCAGUCCUUUGACGAUAUUGCGUACAUUCGAAAGACCCUUGCAUUGGACAAAACCGAGCAGGAAGCUCUUGAGUACUUCAUGAAGCAAAUGAAUGAUGCUCACCAUGGUGGCUGGACAACAAAAAUGGACUGGAUUUUCCACACAAUAAAGCAACAUGCUUUGAACUGAAAUGAAAGCAAAGAAAACAAGAACUGAUGGCCCGCUUUGUGGGUACUGCACUGUUAAUACCUGUUAGCAGCAAAGACUGGUUGCAUAGGAAUUGCACAAACCACGAACAACACUAGAAUUUAUGGCAAGAAAAGAGAUGAACUGUUCAGACAACUGUUGAAAAAUAAUGUAAAACAGGGUUUCAGAUAGCACUACAAUUGUACACUUCAAAAAUUAAGCUUUAGUAUGAUGUGUGACUUCAUGUUAUGCCUUAAGCCCAAAAAGGUGAACUUGGAAGAAUGUUUUCUUUUUUCAUUUGAUAGGAUGAAUUAGAAGGAAAAAUAAAAUAGUGCUAGCAUGAACAUAGAGUCCAUCACACAUUACCUUAGAUCUGGUACAGCAGGUAGAGACUAUGCUGGAUUGAGAAGAGUGGAAAGAGAAUUCAAGUGACAGCAAGUAUUUAAAUGCAGCAUAGUUUGAAUGGAAGGAAUUUUAAGCUCAAAGAUCUAAAAACAGUAGUGAGAGGACAGUGCCUUUUAAAUGUGUUCAGAGGCAUUAACGUUUAUGGGGUUUAGAUGACCCUUUGAUUUCUGGGUCCGUCAUCUGCACAGUUUCUGAAAGCAGUAGGAAAUAGGCCCAUUCAGUAUGGUGUUUCUUCUGCUCAGUAUUUCUAGGGGUGCAAUUCAUACUGUCACAAAGAAAGUCCCCAUCAUCCCCAAAAACUGACUAACCUGGAAAUUGAAUGGUCAGAAUUGGGUUUAGUGCAACAGAGAGUUGUAGUGUUCAUCUUAGGUUUGCUUUAAUCUAACUUGAACUGAAUAGAUUUUUUUCAUACAUGUUUUCCAGUACCUAAAGAAAGGUGAGUUAUUAAAAUUAUUGAAAGAUUAUUUUUUUAUAAAGGCUAUUUAUAUAAUAGGAACUAUUAUUAAUAUAUAUUCUUUAUUUACAUGAUUUGUCCAAUAUUCACUCUUUUAAUUUUGCAGCCCAGUUCUAUCUGUCCAAGACUCCCGUUUCCAUUAACGUCACUGAAGGUGACCAGAUAUGCUCCUAGGACCAAAUUCAGCCCUGGUGAAAGAGGACACAAGUACCAUUGAAGUAGUGGCAGAUACACCCACUAAUGCCAGAGGUGAACUUGUCCUAAGUCUCUUCAAAAAAUUUUGGGCAUCGCUCUUCACAUUACUGAAGUGAUAUGCUGGCUAUUCAAGGAAUGUACAUUUAAACCCUCAGUCUUUGGGUCCACCAUUUCUCCUCUUUCUUCCUCCUUUGGAAGUUCGUUGUUUAAUCCAGUAACAGACACAUCAGAAAUAGCAAUUUAGAUUUUCAACAUGAUCAGUAAUAAGCAGUUCAACAUACAGCAGAUACCUUGGCUAGCUCAAAGCAUGUGGAGUUACCAAACAUUUUAUAGAUUUGUCUGUUUUGUGUGUGUGUGUGUAAUAUGUAUUUGUAAAUCUAGUUGUCCUCUAACACAAUUACAAUGUGUGCAAUCAAUUAAAUUGGCACCACUUUUUGAAACUGUUUGGAUUACCAAGGAUUUCAGAUUGCCCUUAUGCACAACUUCAGGUAGGACUGUUUUUUCUAAUUCUUAAACAGGUUUCUUUUAAUUAGUGAAGCCCAUGAUUCUGCUGGUGAUGUUCACCCUAACAUUUUAAACUUGCUAGAUUGGCAGCACUUGGAGUGAAUUCCAAAGGUUUGGGGCUUUCGGGGGUUCAGCUUAUUCACUUGCAAACACGCACCAAGGUGCCACUCAGAAAGUGCAAUACCACAUGUAAUAUAAAAUAUGCUGACAGCUGGUGUUAGAUUAGAAUAUAAGUAUAUAAAUAAACACUACUUUGUGCAGGCUGUACUGAUGAGGUAAUGAGUGGUUGGCUUUGUUUAGCAAAUUGUAAUAUAUUAAAAAUGUGCAAUCAAUUACAUUAUGAAAGACUUUGGGGAUUGUAAAGCCAGGACUUUGGUCUUUCAAGACAUUUUCAUAGUCAAGAUCCUGCAGCUGAUUACUGCAUGUGUGGAUACUUGAUCUUGUGGGGGAAACCUGUUUUUGUGAAAACUACAGAAGUUCCAAGAAUAGUACGGGGAAUGUGAAGUUUUAUUUCCUUAGUUCUACUAAAUAUUUUGUAGUCAGACUUCCCCUUACUCUCUUCAUUGACUGUUACAUAUUCCUUUUUGUUCAUAUGAAUAUUUUAACUCCUGCUAACCUUAGUCAUACUUUUCCAGAGCAAAAUUACCCUUGUAUGUAUUACUUCACAGUCAACACACUACUGGUUUAGCGCUCUUAAAACAUGGCUUAGUUUCAACUUUAGUUCACAAAAUCUGAAACCCUGUUGGCUGUAACUCUUUAUUUAACUGAGUAAAACUGUUGCACAAAUGCCACAUUAGGUGCUAUAUUAUCCUUACUUAUCUGGUAUUGAAACAAUGCUUUACCUCGUUUAUCUAAGAUGGUCAGCCUUUUCCAGCCUGGAUGAAAAGAUCAGCUCAAAUUUGUUGGAUGUUAUGAGCCCAACUUCUUUUGUAUUUUGCCCCUUCCUAGUCAUUUACUUCUGUAAAUAUGAAUAUAAAUGUCUUUCAGUUCAAGCAUACAGUGUUCUGCACCCUUUUUGUACAAACAGAAAGGCAUGAGGAAUCAGGCUGUGUUUCCAAAAGUUACUGCAACUAAAUGUUGUGCUCAGCUAUGGAAGUUGUUAUGAACAUCAAAUAAUAAAAGAAAGGAAACUUCAUAGCGAUACAGACAUCAUACAAUUUGGGAUUGGAAUAAUUACAGCCUUUUAAAUAAAAUUUUUAAAGAGUAGGAGAAGCUCAUGGGCUUUAAGCAGUUGUUCUUACUAUAACCAGGAUGGGCAUUUGAAAAACAUUGUGCCAGUGUUUCAGGGAAAAAAAAAAAAUAAAAAAAUCCCCUUUUCAGCUUCAGAGUGUUCAGUCCUAAUUACCUUAUCCUGUUACACUAGUUUUAUGCUGAUGUAACUUCACUGAAGAUAGUGGAGGUACUGUUUACUUAGAUUGGUGUAAAUGAGAGGAUGUCACCUGUUCUUGGUAUCAGAAAUAAGAUCUGCUUACAGACUCUGAAAGCACCUGUAACUGAGCUCUGGAUUUUUACAGAGAUUGCUUGGAAUUUGGAGAUUCAAAAGAUGUUCCCUUUAUUCUGAGAAUUAGUUGCAUAAAACACUAAGUAGCUUACUUUGAGCUUGAAUUGAAUCUGAACACCUUGUUCCUGCAGUAUGUUGUAGUUGGACAACCAGAGCAAGGAGCCCAGGAUUGGGCCAUGUUUUAUUACAAAGCAUUAGAAAAUGGUGAUUUAGUGAAAUAUAAAUUUAAAACCAGUAACUUUUUCAACUGUGAAACUGAUUCUGACAGAACAGGAUGCUGCUGAUUAGUUCAUAAAAAAAUAUAUUCUUUGCUUUCCUAAAGGUAGAAGAAAAAGCACCUGUACUGACAUAUAUGCACACUUCUCUGUUUUGAAGGGGUGCAUUAGUAGUUUUUUUCAUAGAUGAAACAGACUUUCAGCAUAAUUUUUAAAAUAAGAAAAAUUUAAAUAAAACCAAAACUGUUAGUGGUUUGGUAUCUUGUGGAGAAGAUAUAAACCUGCAUAUUAAGGGCAAUAUAGAAAAUACCAAGCUUGUAGAGAACUUUAUGUGAUGAUCCUGCUGUUGAUGGUUUGGAGGGUUGUUCUUGUCUUUUUUUCCAACUUUUCCUUUUUAUGUAAAAUAAUAAAUGCCCUUAGUGGUCGGUAGCCCAUGUUUGCUGACAACUUGAAGGUAUUUUCUUUGCUUUGUCAUUUUAUAACUGGCAUGUUCCAACAUCUGUUCUCAAUAAUAAUUGUGAAUUUCUCCUGUUUUGCAUGUCUGUACAGGUUGCAGACCUGGGCUGGACCCAUUCAAACAACAAAUAUCAAAAAAGCCACUUGAAAUUACUAUUUUGUUGAUGUCUUUGACAUCUUGAAAAUGAUUCAAGUUAAUGAAAAUGGUGUGGUAUUACAGAAAGAAUUGUAACUUGCUGCUUCUAAGACUUUUUUUUAAACUUCUUUCUCUUGUUUUAGUUUUACUUGAAAAAGAACCACACAUGUUUUUUUUAAAUACUAUUUAGCUGUGGAUGUUGUUGCAGAUUGUUGAAUCCCAAUUUAAUUUUGCAAUACAUGUUUCGUACAAAUAAUGAAUUUGUAUCUUUUUUUCAUGCUGAAAGUUGUCUCAGUUUAGGUAAGGCUCUAUCUGUCCAAAAUGACAUGUAGCUCACCACCCCUGCAGCUGGUGUGGUCUUUCUGGGUUGUUUUUUUGGUUUAUUUUUUACAUCUGUGUUUAAUAAAGGGAAGCCAACUGGAAACUGGAUAUAGACGUUGUGUAUCUCCAUACACUAACCAAAUCCUGUAGGUUCUGGUCUUUGAGAAAUUCUGAUUUCACUUUAUGCUGAUACAACACUGACUUCAUCAGAAUCACUGGAUUCACAACAGCCUAUGAAAUCAGAAUUAGACUCUCUGUAUAUUAAAGUUCCAGAUUACUUGUGUGAUUCAGCAUGAGAUGUUCUCUUAAUGAGAAGAAUGCUUACUAACUGCCCAGUUAGAAUUGACAAUUUUACUUCGAAAUAAUCUUUAUUCACUAGUGUUUUCAGCUCUCUGAUUCGUAACUAUUGUAAUCUUGUCUAUAGUUUUUUUUCAUUCUUGAGAUUUCCAGUGUUUUUAUUGCUUACUAGCUUAGAAGUUUCUUCUUCCUACACUGUCAUAUUGUAAAGACUUGUUGAACCCACACUCAAGAAAAAUAGUUGUUCUUAAUGUGCAGUACAGUAUUCUUGACUUCUGAGCUUUAUGGGAUAGACUCUUAAAAAGUAUGAGGUCUUAGUGUCUUGGCACUCCUGACUCUAAACCAGAGGUGUGUGUCUCUGCCCCCAUCUCUUCCUCUCUAAAAACACCCCUCUCAAACACCCUCAUAAGACCAACAUAAAAUACUUGUUAUGAGGAGAUCAAUUGAAGCAAUGCUCUGCCUGUACUUUGAAGCUAGCAUCCCCACUGGUUUGUAUAAAUGUGUCUUAUGGUUAAGUGUCCUUACUGUCACUUCUAUAUGUGAUGCAAUAUUCCUUUGGCAUAAAAAAGGCUAAAAAAUACACUAGUCUAUCUUGACUCUUUCUGAAGAGUGACAGAUCCCCGGUAGCAAUUAAACUGGCUUAGGAACCAUUUAGUUCAGUGUAACUGCAUCAGUUUUGUUAAGAACCUGUUCCAGUAAUAAAAUUAAUCACGGUUAAAUCUGACUUAAUUGUGCUGCUGAAGUUACAGAAAGCCUAAUUCAAGCAGAAGCUGUUUCUUUUAAGAACCUUAUGUCUGUUGUAGUUUAGUUACUCACUGAGAGCCAAAACAUGGAUAUUCACAGCUGCAAUCUCAUUCUGCCUUGUUUCUUUGGUUUAACUACUUUUAGUAACCUAUUUCCAGGUUUUAUGAAGUGUUCUAUAUCCUGGAUUAUCAACUGCUCCAGGCUGUCCAAAGUUGUCUUACUGUUUCGUUUGGGGCAGAGGAAAGAAAAUAAGAGGUGAGGAGAUAAAUCCUCCUCUUGUCUUACAGCUGCUGUGGUCCAAAUUCUUCAUUUUCUCUUGUGAAGAUAAAUGUGUAAUUCAUCAUCUGGGAGUAUCAUCCUUUCCCCUCGCACCUCUAAGUUUUAACUGUAAAUAUCCACAUUCACUAUCAAAAUCCACUUCCCUAGUAGAGAAAAGGAUUUAAAGUAUGUAUGUCUGCAGUCUGAUGUCCUGGAUUCUCAGGCUUGAAAUUUUGAAACUAUUGUCACUGCAACUGGCACCACAACUGCAGGAAUUUUCACAGAACCUCAAGGUUGGCAGAAAUCUUUGCAGAUCAUCUAGUCCAGCCACCCUGUUUGAAGCAAGGUCAGCUAGAUCAGGUUGCCCAGGACACCAUCCAGUGGGGUUUAGAGUCUGUCCAGGAAAGAAGAGUCCAAGGAAGAAGUUUUUUCUUAAUGUUUAUAUGAAAUUUCUUCUAUUUCAUUGCCUAAUGUCCUUUCAGUAGGCAGCACUCAGGAAAGCCUUGCGUGUUGUCUUUAUUCCUCUCCAUCAAGUAUUGAUAUAUGUUGACAAGAUACCCCUUGAGCUUUCUCUUCACCAGGCUGAGCAGUCGCAGCGCUCUCAGCCUUCUCUCCUAUCCAUCAUCUCCAUUGCCCUUUGCUGGACCCAUCCAGUAUGUCCAUGUCUGGCUUGUACUGGGGAGCCCAGCACAGGACCCAGCACUCCAGGUGUGGCCUCACCAGUGCUGAGCAGAGGGGCAGGAUGAAGGGUCACCUCCUUCGACCUGCCGGCAAUGCUCUUCCUAAGGCAGGCCAGGAUCCUUUUGGCAUUUUGGAUAAAUAGAGCCCAUGAGGAUGUCAUCUCUUGAUGCUGGUAUGUAACUUUGAAGCUGGUAGCAGUUACAUGUCUGCAUCAAAAGGGGAUUAUGAACACCCACCAGUGCUUGAAAUAUCUUUUAAAAAUGAGACUUUUUUGAAAUAACCACUACUAGGGGGGUUGGGGGUGGGGGGAGGAAUGUUGCCAUGUGUAUGUCAUUCUGUGAUAAAGGUCCUGUGGUAAAAUAGUUAGAAAGCAAGACAUUUUUAGUAAUAAUGGGCCAAAAAAAGUAUUUAAGAUGCAGCAAGAUGCAUGUGUUGUCAUACUGAGAAUAGUCUUGCAAUACUUUUAAACAAAAAACAAACAAAAAAAACCC